AAAGUCGGUCAACAAAAGCCGCGAAUAGUCACAGAUCUGAAUUGAACCUCAUUGUGUUAGCUUGUGUAUUGAUAGAAUACCAGUAGUCUGACUUUAUUUAAUUCACAGAACAGUAAAAUCUGUUUAAAAUGUCUCAUAAUAGCGACAAAGAAAAUCUACACAACGGUAUCAAUAACGUACACAUCAAGUCCCCAGUUAAAAAUAACGUCUUGAUUGUGCGAAACGGCAAUGUAAAACACGAGGAAAUGGAAGUCGAAAAAGAUAAAUCUACGCCGGCAUUUGAUCCCCAAUUGGAGCCCCUGCUACGGGAAAACCCGCGACGCUUUGUCAUAUUCCCUAUUCAGUAUCCUGACAUCUGGCAAAUGUACAAAAAGGCGGAAGCUUCAUUUUGGACUGCUGAAGAAGUGGAUCUGUCAAAGGAUUUAGUGGACUGGGAAAACCUUAAGGAUGGUGAAAGGCAUUUCAUCAAACAUGUUCUGGCUUUCUUUGCGGCGUCAGAUGGCAUUGUCAACGAGAACUUGGUGGAGAGGUUCUCACAGGAGGUGCAAGUCACUGAAGCUAGGUGCUUCUAUGGUUUCCAGAUCGCUAUGGAAAAUGUUCACUCAGAAAUGUAUUCUUUACUCAUUGACACUUACAUCAGAGAUCCUAAGGAGAGGGACUUCCUGUUCAAUGCUGUUGAGACCUUGCCCUGUGUAAAGAAGAAGGCGGACUGGGCUCUGCAGUGGAUUGCAAGCAAAUCCGCAACUUUCGGUGAGCGGAUCGUCGCCUUCGCCGCCGUCGAGGGCAUUUUCUUCUCGGGGAGUUUCGCCUCUAUUUUUUGGUUGAAGAAGCGCGGUCUCAUGCCUGGAUUGACCUUCAGCAAUGAGCUUAUUUCAAGAGAUGAGGGUCUACACACAGACUUUGCUUGCCUAAUGUUCAAGCACCUAGUUCAGAAGCCAAGCAAGGAGCAUGUACUGAAAAUUAUAAAGGAUGCAGUCGUGAUUGAGCAAGAGUUCCUCACGGACGCCUUGCCGGUUAGGCUACUUGGCAUGAACUGCGAACUUAUGUCGGAGUACAUCGAAUUUGUCGCUGACAGACUGCUUAUCGAUCUGAUUGGUGAAAAGCAUUACAACACAAAGAACCCAUUUGACUUCAUGAACCUCAUAUCUCUGGAAGGUAAGACCAAUUUCUUUGAGAAGAAAGUGGCAGAAUACCAGAAGUGGGGUGUCAUGACCAAGCCCAUGGACAAUGUCUUCACAUUAGAUGCAGAAUUCUAAUUUUCUAUUAAGUUGACAAAUCUUCUAUGAAGCUUGAACAGUAUUAUUGAUUCCAGUGUAGUUGGAAAUUCAAGACCAAUGUAAUUUUAAUGACUUACUAAUUUGUAAGUGAAGAAAAUCUCUUGCUUUUUGAUAAGUUCCUGGUGUACUAAACAUAGAUAGAAUGAGUGUAGAUAAUUUAAAAAAAUAAGUGUUGUUUUAGGUGACAAUCACGGUUAAAUCACCCAAAGUAUUUACCAAAUUCUGAUUUUUUAAUGAUGGUUGACUUUCCAGUAUUUUGACAAAACAAUAUGAACCCAGUUGGGCACUAAACAUCACUAUAGCACCGUGCUCGCUACUCGCGAGUGUUGAUUCGUGCCCGAAAAACCCUAACGUACGCGAACGCACUGUUUUCAUAACGCAUGUUCGUGUUUCACCUCUCCAUAAAGCUCUGCACUAGCUUGAAUAUGAUUGAAAACGAAUAUUUUUAUAGACUUAAAGAGUUUACGCCUAUUAAGUGACUAAGUAAUUUGACUAAAUUUUAAUGUAAUUUUAAGUGUUUAAUUAAAGCUAUAUGUAUGUUACUUACUUUGUAAAAUGUAAGAAAGUAUUUUGACAUUUUGCAAACAAAACGUUAGUC